AUGGCCGGGCCCGGGCCGCUAGGCUUCCCAGCGCGCACUAACAGCCGCCUGGACACGUUCCUGCGGCGGCACCUGCCACCCGAGGUCUACGACGCCAUCCGCGCCUACGAGCCCUGCGUCGUGGUGUCCGACUCGGAGAACCGCACUUGCAAGUACGUGGUGCUCAGCGACCGCCUCAUCUACUUGACCGAGAACCCGCCCAGGUCCAUCCGGCGGGUCGUGGCGCUGCGGGACGUCGUAGCCAUCGACCUGACUGAUGACUACCCAGAAUUUUUGAGUGGCCCAGACAGAGAAACCAACCAACACAUCCGGAUCACCUAUUCUUCAACUUUGAAAAAAGAAUGUGGAAAAUCAAACAGUGUCAGGAAAUUCCUGUUACCCUUUCAGCGUGCCAUUGCUAAACACAAAAUAGUUAAGGAAAAGAAUAAUGGCUCCGUUUUUGGAAGACUUAAAGAGCCUAGAAGUCUGAAUGAAUCAUUUCUGAGGUACCACCAAGAGAGCAUAACUUCCAAGGACUCAACCAUUUGUCCUUCAGAACGCAGGACGCUACCCCUUCCAAGCCAAGACGCCUUUCGACCCCUACCUAUCCCCUCCAGGGGGAGCUGUCAAUCCACACCAGGCCCGGGCAAGGCAGUCACUGAACCAUCUUGCAAAAUGAACAUAAAAGAACCCCAGGGACUUGGUGAUCACAAAGACUCUCUACAUGAAAGCCCUUUCAAGUGUACUGGGAACGGAAAUGAGUUUUACUUAGGAAAUUCCUCCCCAGCCCCCCUUUUACAGAGCCACCCAAACCUUGAGAAAAAGGAGUCUGAACUUCAUUUGUAUAUUGUUUCCACAACCUCACCAAUAUUUCUGCUCUUAAGAAGUUCCUGGAACAACUAUAUUAUAAAAGGCACCCUUCUACAAGAUCCCCUAUAUGCUAGUGGGCUCAGUUCUGCGAUGGGAAAUCACAAGCCGUAUAGAUCAGAAGAGAAAAUUAAGCACUUCACUCAACUUAAAUCGGAGAUCGUUCUUAAAGACAAUACCCUGAGGAAGAUGUUUGAUUUAAUUACAGAACUUAAAGUAGCAGCUCAGAACAACUUCAUUCUGAAAAGGCUUUUCUGGAAAGCCAGUGACCUCUUCUAUUUCCUAGUGAACAAACUUCAUGAAUACUUGCCAGAGUCUAGAGAUAAGAGCGCCCUUCAAAACAAAAGUCAAAGGACUGAUGAGCUGGUGAUGUGCAUUGAAAUUGUCCAGACGCUGGGCUUGAUGUUCAGAGAAACAGAAACCGAGUUAUCUCGCCUGAACACAUUAGCAGCUAAGAAGGGAACAUUGUGUACUCUUUUGGUCAUUUUAAUUAGUGAGCCUCAGAUUCCAAAAUCUUGUCCGAUGUUUGAUAUCCAGCUGGAGACCGAUUCCACUUUAGUUGAGAUGUCUUUUGAUGCUGAGUUACAGAAACUUAUCCAGGAGUAUACAGAUACAGCCACAGCACUUUUAUAUGAGAUACUUCUGGUCUUUCAGCAGGGAAAUCUUGGAUUGGGGUCAACAGAAUUUGCUAUUAGUUGGAUAAUGUCCUUUCUACAAAGUCGUCCUCCCAUAAUUACUUUUGUGGCCAAUAUUGUGAAGCAAGUGGUGAAGGGGCUUUCCGCUUCCGCUUCAUUUCAACUGCUAAGUCCAUGCCAAGCGGUUCUGUUGUACCAGCAGUUUUACAUCCUCAAGAGCUGCCUGAAGUACAGCACAUCUCUAGCUGAGUAUAUCAGGAAUGACUACAGAGAAGAAUUCAGGUACUUUAUUCACGUGCCAACCUUGGACAAAAGGCUCCCAUUGUGUUACCCUAUCACCCAACCCAUUACGCAACUUAUUCACGAAGUUCUGAACUUGGUUGAACAAAAACAAUAUUUAACAUGUUAAAAAAUAUAUACAAAAUGUUAGACAGGAGU